CGCGCAGUGCUGCGAGGCGUCGUGCGGGUCCGCUGUCAACAACACACGGACUGGGAGCAGGUGAAUGCCGGCAAAACAAACUUUCUGCCCUCGGAGGACCUACAGAAACGACGCUGUGAUUUAAAAGUUUCAAGAGGAGCACGUAUCAUCGACAGGAUUUGUUUCAUCACAAGUCCCAGUCUCCAAAGUGCACCAACUGGAUAGUAAGCCAUGUCAACCAUAGUGCCCAAACUCUCCAGCGGUGGCCCCGUUAAGAUCCGCUUGACCAGCUUGGACCUGGGCACCACCAGAUGGAAAGAGGGGACUUUUGAGAUCCUGGAAAAAGACAACAAAGUAAGCCUCUGUCUGAGAUUCAACUGUGGCGGAGCUUCAAAAACCUUUCAGCUGAACCAGAACUUGAAGACUGUUACCCAGAAUUUGACCAGAAUGGUGCUGACUCUAAAGGACAACAGUGUCAUCACUCUGGACAAGCUGCCUCCCCCUUUGGUUCAGAAGACUAAAGACUACCUGGAAAAGCUGAAGCUGGGAAAGACAAUUUUAAAAUCGUCCCAUGGAAGUGCAAACUUCAGUGUGCUCGGGAACCGCUCUGCAAAAAAUGACACCAACCCAUCAGGGGAGAGACAGAUUCCUAACAUCUUCCAGACAACACUGAGGAGGCAGAGUGCAGAAGGCCGAGAAGACACGACACCGCGGAAGCCUCUGGGCAGCCCGAGCAGAGCCGCCUCCACCCCCACUCGCUCUGGACUCUCUGAGAAUAGGAGUGAGAAGAGAAAGAGACUCCUUACCUCUGAUAGUGACCUGACUGAGGACUAUCCGAAGGAGAAUGACUCAUCAAGCAACAACAAAGCCACUUCAGAUCCAUCCAGGAAGUUUCUACUGAGCUGCAAAGAUAAGCUGAAGCAGGCAGAGGAGAACAGGAGCUCAGGUCCGCUGGGUUCAACUCCUCUUCAGCCAACAUCAUUUUACGGCAGCCGAUCAGCGACUAAAGACUACAGCCAGAGCCCUUUUUUCCUAGACAGGCCGUCAAGCACAGCACAGACCACCCCAGCCAAGAGAAGCCUAAUGCUGCCCAAUCACUCCACCCCCUUUAAGAAGGUCCGCCCCUCUCUGGACUACGGUGGCUGGAACAAACAGAGGCCUUCCACUCUGGCCCAGCCUCAGCCCCCGCUGCAAGGGUUUUCCAACCUGGGCAACACUUGCUACAUGAACGCCAUCCUGCAGUCCCUCUUCAGCCUCCCCUCCUUCUCCAACGACAUGCUGAAGCAGAGCAUCCCGUGGAAGAAGGUGCCCAUCAACGCACUGCUCAGGCGUUUCGCUCACCUCAUGGCCAAGAAGGACGUGAGCUGUCCAGAGACGAAAAAGGACCUCCUGAGGAAAGUGAAGAGUGCAAUCUCCUCCACAGCUGAACGCUUCUCUGGAAACAUGCAGAAUGAUGCUCAUGAGUUCCUGAGCCAGUGUAUGGAUCAGUUAAAGGACGACGUGGAGAAAAUGAACAAGAGCUGGACAAACGAAGCUGCAGCAUCCUCGUCGUCCUCUGCGCUGUGUGACAACGGCCAGGAGGCUCCGUCAUCGGCAGCCAAGGCGGAUCCCGGCGAGGAGGCGGACACCUCCCGCAUCUACACCUGCCCCGUGGCCGUCAACAUGGAGUUUGAGGUGCAGCACACCAUCACCUGCAAAGGCUGUGGCGAAGUUGUGACCAAGCGAGAACAGUUCAAUGACUUGUCUAUCGACCUCCCGCGGCGAAAGAAAACCCUGCCGCUUCGCUCUAUCCAGGAUUCCCUGGAUCUUUUUUUUAGGAUGGAAGAAAUUGAGUACUCGUGUGAAAAGUGCAACGGGAAAUCAGCGACUGUUACACAUAAGUUCAGCAAACUGCCCAGAGUGCUCAUCCUCCACCUGAAACGGUACAGCUUUAACGCUCAGCUAUCUAUGAACAGCAAGCUGGGUCAGCAGGUGGUGAUUCCCCGAUACCUGACCCUGCUGUCCCACUGCACCGACUCCACACGACCGCCUGUUAGUCUCGGCUGGAGUUCCCAAGCCUCCAUGUCCAGAACACUCAAAACGUCACAGUUGGUCAACUCCUCCACAGCACCUCUCCGAAGGAUUGGAGGGAAGGCGGCCAACUCCAGCUGCACGUCUAUCCUGGUGGACUCUGACUGUGAGGAGGAGCUGAACAGAAAGGUCAACACGAGUCGCAAGCGCCGCCUCAGCAGCUGUUUGCCUGACGAUGACGACCGACCGGAGGAGCGAGGAGCAACGAUAGAUUCGGCAGACUUCAGCGGCAUUAACGAUGAUGACAUGCUGGCAGCCGUGCUGGAGAUGAGUCGUCAAGAGGCCGGGCUCUCGGCUCCGCCCCCGCUGGAGGACGAGCCAACCAGCAGCCCCGACACUGGCUUUGGAGACACAGAUGCCCAUGACCUGGCCUAUCACACAGAUCUGCUGGAAACAGACAGCAAACAGCCUGCAGAUGUGCUGGAUUCCCUGGAUUUGACCAUGGAUGAGAACAAGGAGAACCAGACUCCAGAGAGCGUGCAGCAGCAGGGGGAACUGGACUGGGUCCAGCAGUACAACCUGGAUCAAGAGAGGGAAGAACAGGAGCUUCAACAGGCUCUGGCCCAGAGCCUCCAGGAGCAUGAGGCCCAAGAGAUGAGAGAGGAUGAUGAUCUGAAGAGGGCCACUGAGCUCAGUUUGCAAGAGUUUAACAACUCUCUGCCUGAGUUACUUUGCUCAGAUGAUGAUUCUGGCAACGAGGAUGUUCUGGACAUGGAGUACACUGAAGCAGAGGCUGAGAACCUGAAGAGGAACGCUGAGAGCGGAGACUUGGCCAACUCUUUCAGACUCAUCAGUGUCGUCAGUCACAUUGGGAGCAGCUCCUCCUCUGGCCAUUACAUCAGUGACGUGUACGACAUGAAGAAGCAGUCGUGGCUGACUUACAACGACCUGGACGUGUCGCGCACGCAGGAAGCAGCCGUGCAGCGAGACCGCGACCGCAGCGGAUAUAUCUUCUUCUACAUGCACAAGGAUAUGUUUGAGCAGCUGUCUGAAAUGGAGAAAUCAGGAGCCGGUAUCACUUCAGAGGCAGGCAGGAACGUCCUGCAGCCCCUCUGAGCACCGCCACACACACACUCAUCCACAGCUGUACCCCAGUAGAUGGAGCUCUCCUCUGAACAACCCUGAGAACUACUGAUUGCCGUCCUUUUGUGGUCGUCUUCAGGCACUUGUUGUCCUCUACAAAUCCCUAAAUGCUAAAUUAGCACCUGUAAAUGCCAACACAGGCGCUGCCGAGACUGUCGAGACUCUUUAAGAUACCAGAAAUGCAGUUAAAAUGUUCAGUGGAUCAAAUUUUGACUCCAUGAGUUUGGGGCUGGAGUUUUUUCUUUGCUAUGAUUUUUAUCAAACAACUGUUUUGUAAAGGUUUUUUCUUCGUUUCUUGAUACUUCUUUCAAUUUUAAUGCUGUUUCACUUCAGAUCAACUUUCACUCACCAGGUGCCACUGGUGCAUCAUAUAUUGUAUGUUUUACAGACCCUUUAUUUCCCAUAUAAACUAAAUAAAGAUAUAUUCUAUGUUGGAGUAUAAGCUA